AGAUGAUUAGUACUUUCACUUGGAUGGAAAAUCAUACCCAUCAGUUGUCGCUCGCUUGACUUGACUCCCACAUGUUUGCCGGCCCAGUUCUUUUUCGAUUUGGGAACCGGCGAUAUUUAUAUCGCUAGUGUAAAAUAAAUAUAACCAAAAUGGAACGAAACGAUGACGAAUCAACGAUCGUUCCAUAUAAACAAAUUGAAAAUUAUGGAGCCAUUGGUAUUUGCAGGCCAAUAUUCCGAUAACAGAGCACAAUCUUAUCAAAACAACGUUAUCAGCACGGUGAUGGAUGAAGUAGAAGCUGAUGAGAUUGUUUCAGCAUCGCAAGGAUUUGGAGGAAGUGCGGCAAAUGUGAAUGAACAGAAACAACAACCACCAAUCGUGAGACAACAACAACCAGUGAGAAUGCUGGGUAACAAGCUUAUCUUGUUGAACGUGCUAGCGAAUUUUCUGAUGUUCGCGAUAUCUGGAUUUAUCACCUAUCACUGUUUCAACAAGGCGACCGUAUUGUUCUCGUGGCAUCCUACUUUUAUGAGUAUGGGGUACUUUAUCUUUAUGUCCCAGGCAGUUCUCACCCUUUCCGGUGGCAAUCUGUUGACCUACAAACGCCACCACAAAACGCGAAUCUUCAUUCACUGGUUACUGCAGGCGGUUGCCGGUAUUUUAAUCAGCGUUGCAUUCGUAUGCAUUUUUCUUAAUAAAGUUCGCAUGGGUAAAGCACAUUUUCAAACCACGCAUGGAUUGUUUGGUUUAGUAACGGUCAUUGCGACCUUCAUCUCCAUUGGUGGCGGUGUGUUUACCAAGUACGGAUUCCAGAUGCGACAACUGGUAAGACCAAUUUAUUCUAAAAUUGGACACGCGAUCGCUGGCACUAUUACGUAUGUGCUGAGCAUGAUCACAAUUAGUCUCGGAGUCUAUUCCGCGUGGUUCCAGGAAGAUAACAAUGGGCAGGUUAGGCUCGCAUUGCUGGUAGGAAUCAUUGCGGUGGCACUGUACGUGAUCAUCAACCCGAUCACGGCGACAAUCAGUCGAGUUAAAUCUGCUAUCAGAACUACACUUUGAGAUGGUUGCUUAUUUAUAAAUCGUUUUUCACUGUGGAAACUUGUAGACGCUUCCGUGGAGAUAUUUCCACGACAUGAUAAGUUCGGCUUUCAAUAACUGGUACUAUUUAGAUGUUUUUACAUUGAUAAAUAAACUUUAUUUUUUCUAUGCCUA